AUGGUAUUCGAUGAGUAUGAUCCGGAAACCAUGAUACCUUUGGUGAAGCUCAUGCUGGAGUUCGCCAAAGAGAUAUUUCCAUCCACAUUAGAAGCAAAUGACCAGGUCCUACAUCGCAAGUUGGCAUACGGCAAAGGCGUCCAUCUUGAGCAGUCUGUCGCCAUCGUGAACAAUUGUAUGGGUCCAUUGUACGUGGCACACAAGGGCAAGGGUUGGAAAAAGCAGAAAGAAGAUGAAUUGAGGGAAAUCGGGCUACUAUUUAUAUGGUAUGCCUUGGAGGACUCUCCCAAAAUGGGUGCCUUGGUGGUGUGCAAGCUAGUUGACGAGCAUACGCUAUUCUUGUAUGAGAUCCAAGUUCUUCCUGAUUAUCAGAACCACAAGUGGGGCACAAAGCUUAUGGACAGCUUUCAUGCAUUGGCGAAGAAGCUAGAUGAUUCUUCGCUUAACGACACAGAACUUGACGAGUUUCUUCGAACAAACUGCACUACAGAGUACACUGGCUUGACCGUGUUCCCAGAUAACGAAAGAGCACUCAAGUGGUACAAGCAACUCGGCUACACCUACUCUGCUAAUUCGCCGAGAGACAGAAAGACUCGCCUUCGGGUUAUCAAGCCCGACUUCUACGAGUUGGAGAGGGAAGUCGACUAA